CAGUGUUGUAAAGCGCUCCGAAGUGUUCUAAGUGCUACUCCUGACAUAUGUACAUAUAAACUAUUAAAUUGGCCAUCGUACAAUAUAGAGAAUGGAAGAAAACGAGACCCGAUCAGAUGCCAGAGAUUCCACGGAACUGGCCAAUGGUGAGGAUGACGCGACCAGCAAGCAAAAACUCAGUUACCUGCAGAACGAGAUGCGCAAAAUGCAGAACGAGUUCAACACACAGCGGGCGAAGAUGCGGGAGCUGUAUAUGCAGAAGGAGGCGGAGGUCACUCAGAGCACGCAAGAGCGCCAAAAGCUCCAGGCAGAGCUGGACGAGUUGAAAACCCAUCUGAUGGUGGCAGACUUGAAGUCGGAGAACGAAUUGCAGUUAAAGGACCUCAAGGCGCAGGAGGAAAUCUCCUCGCUGCAGCAGUUAGUACAGGACACCAUCGAGGAGUCCGCCCACUACAAAAGCGAGCUGGAACGCCUCAGGCUUGAGCUGACAAAGUAUCAACAGAUUCACCAGCAAACCCAGACGCUGGUUCCGCAACCGCAAGCUGAGUCAUCCGUCGGAAUUGCGCCCCAAGUGCUCAAUCAGGUUAAGAAGACUCUGGGCUCCGUGCGUAAGCUGGGAACCGACUCACUAAACAGUAGCUUUCAGCAGGAGGAUGACACACGAGCAUCGAGCAAGGGCAAUGGCAAGCAAUACGCUGCGGAGGAAGCGGAGAUGAUGCACUCCAUCGUCGAGCAGCUGCAAGAAGAAAUGAAGGCCCUUAAGGUCAAGCUGCGCGAACAAGACGAGCAAUUGCAGUCUAAGUCAGCGACCGACGAAUCUUCCCUGCACAAGUCCACAUCCAUGGACGUGGCGGAGGGUUCUUGUGACUCCUGCAGCACGGCGGAGAAAAAGGCUGACGAGCUAAAUGCGCAUAUAAGCAAGCAACAGAAGCAAGUUGAUCUUCUACAAAAGCAACUGGUGGAAUCCCGAGAGACCCUGGCCAAGGAGGCGGCGCUCCGAAAGGACCUGGAGGACCAGUGGCAAGAAAAGCGGGAGGCCCACAAAAGUGAAGUACAAAGCCUGCGCGAUCAGGCCAAAACCAACGAGCAGCGUCUGCUGGACAUGCAGCAAAAGUUUCUCGAGACCAAGGACGAGGUCAUCAAGCAGAUCCAGCGUGUCACUGACGACCGGGAGAGGGUUAACAAGCAGCUGGAGACGUUGCAGGCGGAUAACGACUUUCUCUCCGGCCGAUAUUUGGCCACGUCCGAGGAGAUCGACAACCAGUAUAUAAACCUGCCAAACACGGUCGUCGAACUGCAGGAACUAAUGCUGCGACAGCAAAGCGAGUUGAUCCAAGCACGCGUCAGCAGUGAGUACGAGCGACAGAAGUGCACAAGCACUGAAGAUGAGAUACAGAUCUUGCGAGCUCAGUUGGAGGAGAGCAACAACGAACGACGAGCUUACAAGCGCAAAAUGCAACUAGAUAUUAAGUCACUGCAGGACAGAGUAACGGAGCACUUGGUUACGGUACAGGCUUACGAGACGACCAAAACCCAACUGGAGCGCAAAGAGGCUGAGCUUAAUAAGCAGCUAUCCGAGUGCCGCGUUGAGAUCAUUGAACUGCAAGAGGCCAAUGAGAAGUACGCGAAGACAAAUUCCGACUACAAGACGAAAAUAAAAACGUUACAGGAGGAACUGUCUACUAUGGAGACGGUUCAGAAAGAUUUCGUUAAACUAUCUCAAACUCUUCAGAUGUCGUUGGAGGAGCUGCGGCAUGCCGAUACAGAGGUGCGCUGGCAGGACGACGAUGAUGUAAACAAUUGUCCCACGUGCAACGCCUAUUUCACGGUCAUGGUGCGCAAGAUCCAUUGCCGGCACUGCGGCCACAUCUACUGCGAUAAGUGUCUAACAAAAACGGUGCCAUCGGGGCCACGGAAGCGAGUGGCCCGAGUCUGUGAUAUCUGUCACACGCUGCUCACUCCAAACACUGCUCCCUACUUCAGUCAGGGACAGCCGCCGCAGCAACAGCAGGGCCAGCAACAGCAGCAGUCCAACUAGGCAGUCGGGCUCCAAGCCCAAGUUAUUGUGUAUUAAGUGUGAACUACGAUUACGAUUAGUUGGUAUGUCCUUGAACUCUAUUGCUCUGUUUCUAUGCUCCGAUAUUAUGAUUACGAUUCGAGGUAAAACCUUUCCAACGCCGCACUAGGUUGCGGCCUUAUCCCCUUUCCAUUUGCCGAUGUCCUUUUUUCGAUUUUUCCGUACCUUCAUUGUGCUCUAAAUACCGUAAGCGAUGAGUUGUCUAUGUUAGCUUUUGUCCUAGGUUAGUUUUCAUAAUUAAAUUGAACUCAAAGCAAAUAUAAAAAUAAAAAACAA